UUCUCCUUUGACGUUCACGGUGUAAAUGUUUUUGGCCGUUUCCCCUCUGACACACUCAGCUGGGAGUCUGGUGGAGGACAUCGGUGAAAUGAUUCUUCAGCUCCGGAGACAAGUGGAGAGCCUCUUCGGCAUGAAGUACGCUGAAGCUCUGGGGCUUCCCGAACCGUCCAAGGUUCCUUACUCCAGGUUCCAGAUGUAUCCGGACGAUCUGUACGUCACCGGGCUGCCGGACGGAAUCUCCCUCCGGAGACCGAACUGCUUCGGAGCGGCCAAACUGCGCAAGAUCCUGUCUGCGAGCAGCCAGAUCCAGUUUGUUAUCAAGAGGCCUGAGCUGUUAACUGAGCAAGUAAAACAAGAAAUGCCUUCAAUCCCCGUGUGUGAUUCAGAUCUGGACAACAAGGACGCAGCAUCGGUGACGGACGAAGCUGCAGCUGUAUCCAAGAGACCCGGCUUCUCAGAGUGUCUGGAGUCCAAGCUCUCCAGGAUCGACCUGGCCAACACGCUGCGAGAGCAGGUCCAGGAUCUGUUCAACAGGAAGUACGGGGAGGCGUUGGGCAUCAAGUACCCGGUGCAAGUGCCUUACAAGAGGAUCAAGAACAACCCAGACUCGGUCAUCAUCGAGGGCCUCCCCCCCGGCAUCCCCUUCAGGAAGCCCUGCACCUUCGGCUCGCAGAACCUGGAGAGGAUCCUGGCGGUCGCUGACAAGAUCAGCUUCACCAUCACCAGACCUUUUCAAGGACUCAUUCCAAAACCAGCGCCUCGACGGGUCACUUUGCUGAAGAAGGCCUACGCCUCGAUCAGUGAUGACGAUGACGUCAACCGCAUGGGAGAGAAAGUCGUCCUCCGAGAGCAAGUCAAGGAGCUGUUCAACAAGAAAUACGGUGACGCUCUGGGCCUCGACCGCUCCGUCGUGGUCCCGUACAAGCUCAUCCGCGGGAGUCCGGAGUCCGUGGAGGUUAGCGGCCUUCCAGACGACAUCCCCUUCCGAAACCCGAACACCUACGACAUCGUGUGUUUGGAGAAAAUCCUCCAAGCUGCAGAGACAAUAACGUUCACCAUCAAGAGCCAGCUACAGUGA